UAAUUAAUUUGCGUUAAGCGACAUUCAUUUUUUGUAGACUUCACUGCUAUAUACAUAUGUAUGUAUGUAUACUUGGUUGGUCCAAAUUCAAAAGGACUCUUAUGAUGCUGAUUUUGAAAUAAUAAAAGCUUUUUUUUUUAGAAAAUUUAAGCACUUUUGAUAUUUUGGAAAUUGAAAAAAAAAAAUUAUUUUGAUUUUAAGAUUUUUCGAAAAAAAAAUUUCAAUAUUUUUGCGACUCCUAAAAUAUGCGUUGCGCCAAGUCGACACCUAAAUAAUCAAACAAUUCCAAAAUCAACCCGCUCAGUAGCUUCUAAAUAUAUUUCUCUUAAUUUAUUAAUAUUCUUUUAAAAUCAAAAAAUGUCCACAUUUCAAAAUAUUUUCCAAAACUCAUCAACACAAUUCACGAAAUUCACAUCAAUCAAGCAGACAUAUGACAUUUGCAGCCAAAAACAACAAAAGCAAGAGCGCCAAAGCAGCUGAUUACCACCGCCUACCCAUUGCACUUGUGCCACCAAACGGCACCAACACCUUCACAAAGCACAGCGCUCAAUGGCCAUCGCGCCCUUCACACAACACGCUACAACAACAACAUACGAUUUGCGUUAGUCACAAAAAGCGCACAAAAAAAAAUUACUAAAAUGCAAAAAACAAAAACUAAAAUAAAAUAAGAGCAAAAAAGCAAAAUGCUAUGCAACAACGUGUUGCAAGGGCAAUGCGACGCAACAGUGAAUGUUGCAUGCAGCGCUGCUGCUGCUGUUGCAUGUACACUGCCAAGAGCUGGCAAUUUGCGAAACGCGUUGCUCUUAGCCAACUUAACAGCAAAGAAAAGCGGCGCGCUCUUCGUUGGCUGCCAACAGAGGACGCUCUUUUGCAACACAAAAGAGCUACAGGCUUGUUGCAAGUAGGACGCACAUGCACGGCAUAAAAUACAAGCUCCUUGGUUGCUGAGUGACUUGCCGUUGUGUUGGCUUGAGUGCGUUGUGUUGAACGUGCAACCUGCCUCGCUGUGUUGCUACCGCUCUCCACCCCUCCAAAUAGGCCACACAUUGCAUUUGUUGUUGUUGGUUGCAGUGUGUUGGCUUUUGCUCAAGUGUCGUGUGUUCGCUUGGUGUUGUUGUUGGUUCGAAGGGUUUUGUGUUGCGGAUGGACGACGGCGUGCGGCGACGCGUCGCGCCGCGAUGCGACUGCCACCGGCUCUGACAGAGAUUUUGCACGCGAUGCCACUGCAGUUCUUGCAGAUACCUUCGUACGUUUGUUUGGCUUGCACCGGCGAAAAAAUUUUGUUGCGCGCGUGUGUUGUUGUUCUCAUUCGCCGGACAAGUGCAGUACACAACACAUACACAACAACAAAACAAAAAGUUAUACAAAUUAAAAAUACAAAAAAAUUAUUAACAAAAUAAAUAUAUUUAUCAUAAAAAUUAUUUUUGCGUUGAAAAAUAGUAAUAAAUAAAAGAAAAACUCACCAAAAGAUCAAUAUCAAUUUACUAACAACAACAUAAGAAUAUGCGGCAUGAGCACACAAAACGUCAUAACUAACUAAAAAUUGCAAAAAAAAAUAUUUUAAAUAAACUGAAUAAAAAGCGGCUAAAAAGCUAACGUUGUAUAAAAAAAUCGUCACAAAAAAGUUAUGUGCAUAAAAAGUGGAAAUUAAGCAGAAAUUAAAAAAAAAUUGCAGAAAAAAUCGAGAAAAUCGUGCAUGUAUUAACUCUAAAAACUGUUUCGGUGAACCAAAAAAGGCAAAAAAUUACUUGAAAAAAUAAAUACAUAUGUAUUUGCGAAAUUGUGAAAUUUCAGAAAACUGCAAAAAAUUAAAGUGUACCAAAAAAAUAGAACAGUUUUGGCAAAAUUCUUGCAAAAAAUCGGUGAAAAAAAUUAAAGUGCUGAGAAAAAAGUGAAAAAAAUCACGAAAAUAUUGCACUGCUGUUGAAAUACGCCACGAGUAGCAAAAGACAGCGGCUAAAAGCUAGCAAAGGACAAAAGAAAAGAACAAAAACAAAAACAAAGCAAGCAGCUAAUUAAUAAAUGAUAAUCUUCAAGAAGCUCGGAUUUGACGACAAAAGCGCGCAGACUUCGCUGAUCGAUUGUGAGUUGUGAUUGGUUGGAAAAUAAUUUACGUUGAAAGCAAAAAAUUUACGAGACGCUGCUUUUUUCAUAAUUCUGCAAAAAAAAACGCUGUGAAAAAAAAACAACAAAACCACACACACAUACGAAGAAACGCGAACGAAAGCAUACACUUGAGAGACCAAAAACAGUUGCUGCAGUGCAUAUACUGUGCAUUUAACUAAAAAAAAAUUACAACAAUUUACAACAAAAAUUUUACAAUAAAUUACAACAACAAAUAAUUUUAAAAUACUAAAAAACGUUUUUGUUGGCGAAAAAAUCGAUUAAACUUGUGCAAAAAGACGUUGUGCUUAAAAAUAUACACACAUACCACUACAACAACAAAAAGUAUAGACUUUUACCAAAAAAGUAAACGUUUAAUUAUUUACACAUGUUUACUGCCGAAAAACUGCAACUUUGACACGUCGAAACACCGGAAAAUAUUGUAAAACAUUUACUGUGUUUUUUUUUUAUUUCGACCAAAAAAAAGUGAAUUUACACAACAACAAAAACAAGUGUAACCAAAAUUAACAGUAACGCGCUUCACCUGCUCUCCGCGCGAAGAAAGUCGCAAUAAGCAACAAAUUGUGGAAAAACAGCGCAAUUCAAAAGUCGUAUGUUUGUUUUUGUUAUUGUUGUUGUUACACAUAUGCUUUAUGAAGUGAAAUAAGUGCAUUUUAUUGCCGCUGAGUUGCCACCAAAAUUCGUUUUGAUUUGACUUUUACCAACCGCAACACACGCCUCCAACAUUUCUGUUUACGCCAUUAGAAAUGCUAGCCAAAUUUUGCAACAACAAAAGUGUGCAAAAUUACAAAAAUCCAGCAAAGUAAAUAAAUUUCAAUUUACAGUGCUUACAUUUGCGAAAGUAAAAACAUUAAAUCUGUUUCGAGUUAUAACUUAUUUCCAAAAUAGCUAACUGUUUUUCGGUGUACGCUUGCCGGCAUGCACAUAUGCGUGUGUGUAUAUGUGUGUGUGUGACGCGUGUGACAAAGUUACGUCCCGUUUAAUUUUACAAAUGGAUUACAUCUGCGAUUCACAAACUGGAUGGUAUACAGCAGCUUUAGUAGCCGACAGUGGCAUUAUAGCAACAACAACCACACUCACAACAAAAGCAACAACAGUGAAAGCAAUUAAAAUAAUAAACACAGCUGAUACUACGAGCGCCAUAAAAAAAUUCAACAGCAGUUUGGCAGGAAACGUGCACAUAUUGAAUUGCUUUUAAACAUUUCUGCUUUAUGUGAAAAUUCAUACUAAACCCCGAAAAAAGUCAAAAUUCCAAAUUUAAACUCAACGUCCAAACAUUUCAAAGUGAAACAGCAAACACAUCACACAAAUAAACAAGCAUUCAACUUUCGGUAAAAACAGAAACAACUUUGGCCUCUUUCCUUCUUCACAACAUACUCGAAACACAACUGCGGCAACAUAAACCGUUAAGCGUAAAAAUAACUAAAAAUGUCUAAAAACUGUUAAUGAAAAAAACAAAUUACAAUUAUAAAAAAAUUUGAUAAAACUCUCAACGGACUUAAAAAUAUUUAAAGCAUAAAAAGUGGCUAUGAAAAAUUUUACUUCUCGGCAUUAACGAAAAAUUUAAUCAACCAAAGUGAAAGCGCGUAUUUUACGAAAUAUACAAAAAUCAGCAAAUUUAAAGUGAAAGUCCUUCUCAGUUACAGACUUUUGGCAAUAAAAUAAUUUUUUUGUGAAAGCUUUUGACGAAAGCUCAUUUGAAGUGAAAGCUCGUUUGAAAUUAAAGCUCAUUUAAAUUGAAAGCUCCUGUAAAGUAAAAGCUCUUUUAAAAUGAAAGCUCGUUUAAAGUGAAAGCUCUUUUGAAGUAAAAGCUUAUUUAAAGCAAAAGCUUAUAUAGUGUGACAACUCAUUUGAUGUUAAAGGUCUUAAUAGUGAAACUGGAUUGAUGAAAGCUUGUUUCAUAUCAAAAGCUCAUUUCAUAUUAUCUUUUUAUUAAAAAAGUGAAAGUUCGUUUUCGAAACAAAAAAAUCACAAAAACUUUCUAAAGUCGAAAGCGCGUUCCAAUUCAAAAUCGCAUGAGUUUUGAAAGCCUUGCUAAAGUUGCUUAAAAAACGUAUGUAUGUAUCUUGUGCUCUCUCUCUCACACACUCGUAUAUAUGUCACAUGCAGUUCUUUCCUGCAGUUUUUGUUUCUUUUUUCUCACAAACUGUGUAUUUAUGAAAGCUCGUGCUUACAUUUUUGUGCAAAUGAAAACCAGUAAAAAUUUAAACUAAUUUUAAAUAAAACCGUUGUUAUUUUAUAUAAAAAAGUGAAAAAGCAGGUGUGUUCUCAUUACAAAAAAAGAGCAAACAAAAUUUCGUGCAACAAAUUAUUUGUCUUGUGUAAAAAAAUAUAUAUAAAACAACAGUUUCGAACAAAUCAUAACAACAGCAAUAACAACGGCGCAGCGUAACGGUUACAUCUUACAGCCAACUACAACAAAAGCAACACAGCAACAACAAAAAACCGGCAACACGGCCAAGCAAAAUUUUUAUCUUAUGGAUUGCUGGACGGGUAACGCCCGACUGGCGAGUGUUUUAGUUUAAGCAGCGUAAGCUGUCACCGACAUGGGCAGUGAGCACUACUGCUUGAGGUGGAACAAUCAUCAAUCCAACCUGUUAGGGGUGUUUAGUCAAUUACUACAGGACGAGAGUCUGGUGGACGUCACAUUAGCUUGUUCAGAGGGCGCCCUCAUCAAAGCCCAUAAGGUGGUCCUCUCGGCCUGUUCUUCGUAUUUCCAGAGCCUUUUUCUGGACCACCCCGAAAAACAUCCAAUUGUGAUAUUGAAGGACGUGCGCUUAGCCGAACUGAAAACAUUAGUCGAAUUCAUGUACAAGGGCGAAGUUAACGUGCAAUAUUGUCAGUUGUCGGCUUUGCUCAAAACGGCCGAGUCGUUAAAAGUUAAGGGCUUAGCAGAGAUGACCAAUCAGAAUACCACACUCAGAGAGCCAGAACGUGAACCGGAUCGCCUGAGACCGCAUUCGCAACCAAUUAAAAGCACUUGUGACAGUCCCGUCGAUACAGCGUUAGCGAGCGGGUCCAAUACAUCGUUAGCCACCUCAGCCGCAAACUUAGCCACAUCAGCCGCUUCGUCGCCAGCCGCCGCAGCCGGCACAGCCUCAACAAACGCCACCGCGAACGCAACAACAGCGCCAGCUACUACGACGCCAGUCAGCACAACAGCGGCUGCCGUUGUGGCUGCAGCUGCCGCAGCCGUUGUAGCGGUCACUCAGCAACAACAACAACAACAACAAGCUGCCACAGCGUCUGCCUCCACAUCAACGACGUCCACGUCAAGCACAAGCGCCGGCAGCAGCGCCGGUACCGCCAACACGGCGUCGACAGCGCAAAAACGUGACGCUAGCGGUGAACGCAGCGGCGGCGGCGGUAGCCCGUCAUCGUCAGCGCCACCCACAAAGCGUCAACAAAUGUCACCGGAACGCGACUCCUCACCGCUGCCGCUUGAUCUCUACCAGGGGCGCAGUGCCGCCGAAGCCGCAACACUCGGCCAGGAUGGUGGUGCGCGUGCCACGAGCGAAGAACGCGAUGCGACGACGCAUGCCAUUAGCAAAAAUAACAACAAUAGCAGCAGCAAUAAGAAUACGACGAGCAGCGGUGGUGGUGGCGGCAUUACCAGUGGGAUGAGCACGCAGACGGCGCAUCACAAUAACGGUAAUGGCGACAACAAACCGUCGCGGCGACGCGACGACUCGGACGAUGAAGAUGAUGACGACGAGCCGCAUCACGGCAUUACCGCGCUCGAUUCGCCGCCCGCACGACCCGGCUCCUGCAGUGUGCUGGACGUGGUGGAGAAAAUCGAAGAGCCCGACAGUUACGACGAAGAAAUGGAUCUAGACGACGAUGUGGAGGAUAAUAGUUCGAACGAUGCUAUGGGUUUGAAUAUGAAAAUCGGCGCUGCUAUUAGCCACACUGCGGCUGCGCUGGCUUUACCAUCACCGCUGGGUGGUGGCAGUGGCGGCGGUGGCGGUGAUCCAGAGUCGGCGCGCUCAACACCCGCUGCUGCAACCAGCUCAACAUCGUGCGGCGGUCUCAUACUCGCCUCGGAUCUCACACACCAACAACAACAGCGUGCGACCUCGCGCAGUCCACGCGAUGCGGCGAGCAUUGAGCGACCCGGCAGCAGUGGCGUUUGCGGCUUGGCCUCCACCUCGGCGGGCAUGAGUCCCAGCUCGUCGGCGGCAGCCGCUGCCGCAGCGGGCAGUGAUGCGCUGGCGGGCACCUCCGGUCUGGGACCAGUGCAGUCUGUGCCGCUGUCACUGAAGAAGGAGAUCGAUUGCAGCGAGGAUGACAACAGCAACAGCCGUCACAUGCAUCAGCCGCGUUCGGCGUCGGCGGGCGGUGGUUUGGGCGGUGAUUUGGACUAUCGCCUGACCACACACGAGUCGCUCUUUCGCCACUUCAGUUCGCCGUUUAGCGCUAUGGGCAACAGCAGCAGUGCCGCUGUGGCAGCCGCCCACUGUCCAGCACCGUUCGCCUUUCCAUUCACACCAUUCGGUCUGAGUUUGUUCGACAUAGAUCCGUCCAGAAUUUUGGGUAUGCUGCGACAUCAGACUUGGCUGGCCGAAGAAGCUUUGAAAAGUCACAACUUGUUGAACACACCGAAGGACUUUGCCCAACGUUUCAAUCCCGUCGGUGAUUUGUUCGCCAAGGAUUUCCAUCCGAAUCAUUCGCAUGCCAACACUGCCGAUUUGCUUGCUGGCGUAACAGUGCCCAAUAAUAGGGCGAGCACUGUUAGUCCAGUUAAGCAGACAACAUCCCCACAACAACAACAAAAACAAGCCGAACGCAAUGUGAUGGUGCAACAGCAACAACCACAGUACAAAACGCAACUUCAUCACCAACAACAGCAGCAACAGCCGCAACAACAGCAACAACAAACAUUCAAUGUGCGCUAUCCCUCGCCAGCUGCAUAUUUCCAUCAUCAACAACAGCAGCAACAACAACAACAUUUGAAGCAAAUGUCCAGCCGUCAAGGCACACCGUCACCACAUGCCACCGCCAUCUCAACACAAACGAAAGCGGAUAACACACCCGCAACGCACACGGUGGCCGCUGAUGACGAUGACGUCGUCAUCGAACUCACGACCACACACGAUGACGCACGCGACAGUGGCCGCGAAAGUGCUGCGCACACACCGAACAACAGCAGCGCCGGCACCUCGAGUGGCCUGGGCACUUCAGCCAGCGCCGCCGGUAGUAGCGGUGCACUGAGCAACGCCUGCUCACCGCUACUCUACAAGGAGUCACUCGAACAAUUGUUGCAACGUCGUCGCUCGGGCUCCUCACUCGGUGGCGUCAGCGACAGUCUACGUUCGUACACACAACUGUUGCUCUCCUCGAGCACACCCGGUUGCACCGACACGUCCAGCUGCAAGGAGAAAAGCUCCUCAUCUUCUACCUCAUCAACACCACCACCCACCUCAGCGCUGCUGGCGCAACACCAGUUGCUCACGCAACGAUUGAAUAGUCCAUCGGAGACGUCGUCACUAUUUGGUGAGCCACCCAUCGAAGAGGAGACACGUUGCGUCGUCUGCAAUGCACACUUUCCGAAUGUGUGGCUAUUGGAGCAGCAUGCCACGCUCCAGCAUCCACACAUCGGACCGGGCGAGGAAAAACCGUUCAUAUGCGAGCAAUGCGGUCAAUCGUAUCGUUAUCGCUCGGCUUAUGCUAAGCAUAAGGAGCAGAAUCAUCGCGCUCGCUUGCCGGCCGACAAGCUCUUCACGUGCGACGUCUGUGGCAUGCAAUUCCGUUAUUUGAAAUCGUUUAAAAAGCAUCGCCUCAAUCACGCGCUGGAGCGCUUGCACGGCAAGAAGAGCGUGAUUGGCAAACACUGUAUAACGCCGUUGCAUAUGCUGGGCGAACAGGAUGUGGUGACCAGUUCACAAGAGCCGAUGUUGCCCGAUGAGGGUGGUGAGGAUUUGCGCAUUAAUGUCAAGCGUGAGCAGGACGAUGAUGAACGUGAGCAGCGUGAACGCGAAGAUCAGGACUGUACCAUCGAUUCGGCUGGUAUGAUCAUAUGCAAUGACAACAACAAUUCAACAGCUUUAGCUACCACCACUGUGGCCGAGGCAAACAUAAGCAGUUCAGAUGGAAUUCAUAGUACAAAUAAGGGGCCACGCCUUCUUACAACUUCACAAAUGGAAACGGAUCCCUCCUAUCAUCAUUUGCAACGCCACCCACAGCAUCAACAUGCCCAUCCACAUCACCAACAACAGCCAGCACCACAGCAACCGUUGCCACCACACUUGCACAGCGGUGUUGCUGGCUCAUCACUGCCACCACAUCAACACGCACAUCCACAUGCGCAUGUGGCUUUACCGCAUUCGCAUCAUCCACAUGCGCAUCACGCGGCUGCAUCGUCAUUGAACUCGUUGAACUCACUGAACUCCAUUACGUCGUUGAUCAAUGCCGAACGCAUACCGAACGAACAAUUCCUGGGCCUUAAUCCGCAAGAGGCUUCAAUACUCAAUUUUCUGCGUGUCGACGCAGCCGAACGUCAACGGGACAAACGCCCCCAAACCUCACGUUUCGCCUGUCCCUUCUGCGGCAAGUGCGUACGCUCCAAGGAGAAUCUAAAAUUGCACGUACGCAAACACACCGGCGAACGACCAUUCGUGUGCCUCUUCUGUGGACGCGCUUUCGGCGGCAAAUCGGACCUUACACGUCAUCUGCGCAUACACACCGGCGAACGGCCGUACCAUUGCGAAUCGUGUGGCAAGUGUUUCGCACGCGCCGACUACCUAUCGAAACAUUUAACCACACACAUACACAAUGCACCACGCUGAGAUGAGGUGCGAAGGAGACAACGACUCCUUCGCAGAUAAUAGAAUGAACAGCCGACGACAGAGCUUUGGUCGGAACGUUCUUGGUGGCGCUGGUGGUGUGGUUUCUUGGCGACCAACGCGGCUACAGCGGAGAACGAUGCAAUGCAGAAUGAGGCGAGAAAUGUGGAAUGCAACAACAACAAUGUUCAACGUUAAAAGCGUAAAUGAAACGGUUUAUAGGUUAUAAUAUGUAUAAGAAACGCAGGAUUAAAAAAAAUCUAUAAAUUGUCGAUAAACAGGUUUGAUAAACUAUCGAUAAAUAUAAUAGUUAAAUUAUCGAUAAUUGUUACCGAUAGACAUACUUGAUAAACUAUCGAUAUAUGUUAUUGAUAAAUUAUCGAUAAUUAUUGUAAAUUAUCGAUAACUUCAAAAGUAUGAGGCACUGGCAUGCCUUUAACAACAACUGUAACAAGAUGUGAGAACAGUUAUUUUUUUUUAAGUACAGACAUACAUACAUACAUAUAUAUUUGUAUUGGAACUCAGCUAACUAAGCUUUAUUGAUCGUGUUUACAAAGAAUUGCGUAAGAAAUUAGGUUUUUGAAUUCAAUAUUUCUAGAAUGUGUGUUUUUAGUAAAGCACGCUUUGUAUGAGGUGUUUGCAGAUUUAAUUUUAGAAAAUAAUUUCAGGUUGAAAAUGAUUUUAAGAGUUGAAAGUGCUGCCAAGCAGAAUUUCAUCUAACGAAAGCGAAGACGCGGGUAUUAGCUAUUACGUAUGAAAGUUAAAAACAUGGUUUUUUUAUGAAAGUUAGUUUUAACAAAUAAUUAAGUGUCUUAAUUCCACCCUAGGUGUCAAGUUUAAUUUUUUAGUGAUUUAUUUUUGCGAAAUUUAAAAAGGCCUUUCGUUUCAACACUUAGUAUUUGGAGUACUUCAUUGAAAGAGAGGAGUUUUACAGAAUUAUUCGAAGAACAAACAGACCUGCCACGACCCUGCGUAUUUUUUUCUUAUUUUUAACGGAGUUUUGAAAAUCUAUGAGGUUCAAACAUAUCUUUUUCGUCUUUGUGUUCACUUUUUACACUUUCUCUCAAAUGUAAUCACUGCCGAAAAUUACCUUUCACUAUUUGAAUUUUUUUUCUAUCAUAUUCAUUACAAAUUUGAGGUUAGGUAUUUCUACUAGAAUUCCAAUUGCGAUCCGCAACUUAAGGUUAGGUACUUCUAGGACAAUGGCCUAUAAGUAAUUUUAAUUUUCUUUUGCGAUUCGAUUUCGAUUUCUUAAAGUCACCUAACGAGCUGAAGUCAUAAAAUUAAAUGUUUUCAGAGCAAAAACCAUUAUUAUACGUCAGGACAAGAAAACUUUGGGUCCUCCCAAUAUUGCAGUAAAUUUUUUAGUCUCGAAAGAUGGCAAGUCUCUUAAUAUAUUUACCAACUAGGACCCUAGUUCAUUAGUUGGAUAGACACUAGACCACGGCUAACUGUUUUUCAAUUAAUAUAGGAACCUUGAGAUCUUAUCUUACAACUGAUAAAUUAUGAGCUCUACUUUCUGAGAGCCAAAAUUUCAAGAGAACUUAUUGUAAAGAAUUAGUGCUUUCGACACAUAUUUUUUGCAAAUAUUCCCGAUAUGGAGACAGGCGAGCAUUUUUGUAUCAUAAAAAUGUACUGAUUUUGGAGUCCAACCAACCGCUUCUCAAAAUGGUUGAGUUUUGAUAGACUUUGAAAAUUUUUACCGAUUAUCCUUAUACGCAAAUAUAAAGGUAAGCUUUGAAAAACUAAAACAUCUAGUAGUUCUGCAAGUCUUUCAUGUAAAAUAAAAGUGAAAUUUGAGUUAAUACCGAUUUUAGAUCUAAGCCACGAUCACUUUUCAAAACUCAGCAGCUCUAUAAGAAACAACCAUCAUGUAUUCAAUUUAAAACUUCGAAUAAACAGUUCACCACCUUUUGUGUUCAUUUUGCUAACUGUUUGAGCACUACACUAUAAGUUACAAACGAUCGUUUUUAGACCUCUCAUCAUGAUCAGCACGAGCAUUGGUAAGAUCCUCUCUUUCAAUGAAAGUUUGUUUCGAAAAGCAAAACCAUUUUUUAAUUUUUAAAUAUGCAAUAUUAUAAGUAUAUUUUGGUGCUAGCGAUUUCUCAAAGGAGGCAAUUAUUUAGAAAGCGUUUGAGGAAAAGAGAGCGGACGCUAGUGAGCGCCCUGUGUUAAUAUGGAGGCAAAGAGACGUUACUAAGCCAAACAGAGGUUUUUUUAUUCAAAUACAUAUUAUUUACAUAUAUAGUACAUACAAUAUGUUUAGGUCUUAUUUAAUUAGGUUAAAAUGGCAUAAUUUUAUUUCUCUAAGAGUUUUUUUUAUUCGCUGAGAAAAUUAUUUUUUUCUCCAAGAAAUAUUUUUUUUUUUAUUUUUUAAGAAAUAUACUUUUUAUAAUCUAAGAAAUAGUAAAAAAAACAUCACAACAGAUAGUGGUUAUAGUUAAGGUUAGUGUGAGAGAUGCUAGAAAAGUCGUCGGAGCAAUGAGGCCAAUCUGCAGAGAAAUUUCACAGAUGAAAAACAUACAACAAAACCAAACAACCAAAAAACAGAAGGUAAUGCAAGAACUUAGCAUAAUUAAAAUUGUAAUAUUUCUUGUAAAAUAUUAAAAACAAAAAAACAUACAAAAUGUGUGAGAACACAGCGAGAACCCAACAAAACAAACAAACAAAGAGAUUUGGUUUCAACAAAUUACAUACAAACAAUCAAAAGUUAAAAUAUUAUGUAAAAUAAAAAAAAAAAACAAAACACAACUAAUAGCACAAUCAAAAAGCAGCUACUGUUAAAUAGUAAAAAAACAAAAACAAAUGCAACAAGGCAACAGUCUACACAAGUAUUAUCAUACGAGUACAUGAUGGAUUUUGUUUUGUUCAACAAUUCACAAUAAUAGCAAAUAGAAAAAUUAUUACAGAGUAUUUUUAUUUGUUUUUGUUUUUAGCAAAAAUUACAUUAAUUGAGUUCAAAACAACAACAACAACGAUAGCAAAUUACAUACAUACUUACAUAUAUACAAAUUGCAUAGCGCAGCGUGCAGACAUAACCUGAAAUUAAAUGAAAAUAGUUAAAUUUUUUGUUCAUUUACACGCAUACAUACAAACAUAGAUAUUUUUUAAAGCAAAUUGUUUAUAACAAACAAGCAAGCAAAGUAAAGAGGCAACUGUACAAGAUUUUUUAUAUACAUAUAUUUACAAUUACAAUUACAAUUAUUGCAACAAUAAUUUUUUUAAUACAUAAAUAUAUACAAACAUACAUAAAUAAUAUAUAAAUCUAUAGAGUAAACCAAUGCAACUCAAAAUAGCAACAACAAAUAAAUAAAUAGCAUAAAUAGCAAUAGCAAAACAUAAUUUUUGUUAAUAUUAAUAUACCUAUAUAAUUAUAUACAUACAUACAUGCAUACAAAGAUAGCGAACGUGCAACAAUAGAAUUUAUUUAUUUUUAUGCAAAAAAUAAGGAAAUUAUAAAAAUAUUUUUUUUAUUAAAAUUAUUAUUUUUAAAAUUUUUUUUUCAACAAAAAAUUAAUUUUUUAUGAUUAUAAUAAUUUUUU